AUGGACGGCCUCGAGCAUGAAGACCUGUUAAUAAAACUUCGAGCAAAAUUAAAUGAAGAGAAAAUAAGGCUAUGGGAAGUACCUUAUGUGUUAGAGAAUGGUGGUCUAUCGGAUAGCUUAAAGGAUUUGUCAGUAAAAUAUGCUACAGCUCUUAACCUAGAUGCUAACAUAGUCCUUCAAGGGCUGCAUGAGCUUCAACUUCACUCAAUAGAACGGGCAAAAGCCAAUGAAGAGUUUAAAGAGACAGGUUGUGCGACCCUCAGGGUCAAAGCCACAGUUCCAGGAGAGAAGCCCCAGGUCAUGAAAUUUGUAAAGCAAUUAAAUGUGAUGGGUGGAGAAUUGGCCUCUUCAGUUGCUGAACUCCUUAACGUUUCUUCCACUAGAGUUAAAUUAAUAUAUAAUGGUAAACUUAUCAACCAAAGUAAAAGUUUAGAGGAGCAAGGCCUGAAAAAUGGAGUCCAACUCAUGGCAUUAGUUAUGGAAGAAUCACCAGAACUUAUAAAAAAAGAAGAUAAUAUGUACAUGGAAAUGAAAUCAACAAUGGAGGAUGCCACUUUGCUUACAGAAUAUGUUGAUGACUUUGAUGAAAGUGAUGAUUAUAUAAAGUUAGAAGAUCAGUCAGGUAAAACAGUAGAGUUGCCAGUGGCAGAAAGAAGGGCACUGUUGGUGGGGCUGGCGCUGCACGAGCGGGGGCGGGCCGCGGCGAAAAACCAUGAUUAUUCCUUAGCUCUAGUGUUGUUACUGGAGGCUGAUAGACAACUGAGCGAAUGCAGAUCAUCAAUAUUAAGCUCCGUAGACAACUGUGCAAUACUCCAGCUGGACAUAUCCUGGUGCUACCUGUGCCUGCAGAGCCUGUCCUCGGCCAGCGACGCGUCGGCGCGCCUCGCGCGGGCAGAGAAGGCCUUCAUAGCCUCCUAUGGCGAGGAUCACCAGAGACUGAUAGCCUUGAAAGGAACGAACGCCAAUGAGAGAGUGUUAUUCAUGCGCCUCUAUCUCUUGCAAGGCAUCGUCGCCUACCACCAGAAUAAAAGAGCGGAGGCCAAAAUGCUUUUGGACAAAGCCGAGGCAGAGUUAAACUGCUUAAGGGUAGACGAGAGUUCGGUGGCGGCGCUGAUGGAGCUGGGGUGGUCGGCGGCGGCGGCGCGCUGCGGGCUGCGCGCGGCGCGCGGCCAGCGCGACGGCGCGCACCUGCACCUGGAGGCGCGGCGUCGCGCGCGCGACCUCGCGCGACGCCGACACGACGAAGAAAGGGUUCAAUACAUCGGCCCUCUCUCUCCCUCCCGCUCUCUGCCUCUAACUCUCACCGUCCUCGCGGCCGCGCAGAGAGGCGGCGCUGCUGGCACUGCGGCGCAUGGGGUUCCCGGCGGGCGCGGCGCGGCGCGCGCUGCGGCGCUGCGGCCGGCGCGUGGCCGACGCCGCGCGCCUGCUGCACGACCGCCCCGACCUGCUCUUUUGUGCAGUGUUGCACCUACGAUAUCGUGCGCAGGCAGCGAGUCUGAUGAUAAUGAUGCAGAGACGUCCAGCUCUGAAGAGUCCGUCGUAGAGCCCGACAAUAGACUUGUAGCAGAGCUAGAAGCGAUGGGCUACCCGGCGGGGGAGGCGCGCGCCGCGCUGCUACGCGCACGCAACAACAUUACUAAAGCCGUGGACCUGCUACUGGACAACUGCACGGAGCCGUGUGACUCCGCGAACCCCUCUACAAGCGCUGCGGCGGCAAGGAAGAAGCAGAAAAUGGAGAAUAAGGAGAAAAAGAAAAAAGAGCGUGACAUGGCUCUCCGGCGUCUCAAGAAAGCUAUCCAUUCAGAAGAUGACGACUACCUCAGCGCGUCCCUCGCUGAGGAAGAACAGUUCCUGGUGCAGUACAAGUCCUUACUC